AUGGCUUCUGAAACUCAUCAGGAAUUUGUGAAGCAGGAAAAGGAUGAAGCUAUUGCAGAAAAGAUCAGUUCGUUGGCAGCUGAAGAUGGAGAUAAGCCCGAGGACGCACAAGGUCAAUCUACUCCUUCGUCCACGAUAGGAGAUGAGGUUAAGGCUGAGCUUGUAGUAGCAGAGAUCAAAAAGGGGGACGAUUCUACAGCGUUGAAGGAAUUUGUGAAGCCGGAAAAGGAUGAAGGUAUUGCAGAAAAGAUCAAUUCGUUAGCCAAUGAAGAUGGUGACAAGCCCGAAGAUGCACAAGGUCAAGCUACACCUUCCACAACAGAAGGAGAUGAGGUGAAGGCUGAGCUUGCAGCAGCAGAAAUUGUAAAGGGUGACGAUUCUUCAGCAUUGAAGGAAUUUGUGAAGCAGGAAAAGGACAAGGUUAUUGCAGAAAAGAUCAAUUCCUUAGCCAAUGAAGAUGAAGACAAGCCCGACGAUGCACAAGGUCAAGCUACUCCUUCGUCUGCGACAGAAGGCGAUGAGGUGAAGGCUGAGCUUGCAGCAGAAGCAGAGAUAGUAAAGGAUGACGAUUCUUCAACAUUGAAGAAAUUUGUGAAGUUGAAAAAGGAUGAAGCUAUUGAAGAAAAGAUCAAUUCCUUAGCCAAUGAAGAUGGAGACAAUCCUGACGAUGCACAAGGUCAAGCAACUCCUACAUCCGAGGCAGGAGAUGAGGUGAAGGCGGAGCUUACAGCAGCGAAGAUCGAAGAGGGUGAUGAUUCUUCAGCAUUGAAGGAAUUUGUAAAGCCGGAAAAGGAUGAAGCUAUUUCAGAAAAGAUUAAUUCCUUAGCCAAUGAAGAUGGUGACAAGCCCGAUGACGCACAAAGUCAAUCUACUCCUUCGUCGACGACAGAAGGAGAAGAGGUGAAGGCUGAGCUUGCAGCAGCAGAGAUCGAAAAGGGGGGUGAUUCUUCAGCAGUGAAGGAAUUUGUGAAGCCGGAAAAGGAUGAAGCUAUUGCAGAAAAGAUUGAUUCCUUAGCCAAUGAAGAUGGUGAAAAUCCCAAAGAUGCACAAGGUCAAGCUACACCUUCGUCCAUGGCAGAAGGGGAUGAGGUGAAGGCUGAGCUUGCAGCAGCAAAGAUCGAAAAGGGGGAUGAUUCUUCAGCGUUGAAGGAAUUUGUGAAGCCGGAAAAGGAUGAAGCUAUUGCAGAAAAGAUCGAUUCCUUAGCCAAUGAAGAUGGUGACAAGUCCGAUGAUGCACAAAGUCAAGAUACACCUUCGUCCAUGGCAGAACGGGAUGAGGUGAAGGCUGAGCUUGCAUCAGAAGCAAUCGAAAAGGGUGACAAUUCUUCAGCAUUGAAGGAAUUAGUGAAGCUGGAAAAGGACGAAGCUAUUGCAGAAAAGAUCAAUUCCUUAGCCAAUGAGGAAGGAGGCAAGCCCAAUGACUCACAAGGCCAAGCUACACCUUCGUCCACGACAGAAGGAGAUGAGGUGAAGGCUGAGCUGGCGGCAGCAGAGAUUGAAAAGGUUGACGAUUCUUCAGCAUUGAUGGUUUCUGUUGAAGAUAGUUUGAAACCUGACAUAAUCGAUGAUGCACCAAAUCCAGAUGUAGAGCAAGUGGAUGAAGAGAAGGCUGAGCUUGCUGUAGCAGAGAUCGAAAAGGGUGACGAGUCUUCAGCAUUGAAGGUACCUGUUGAUGAUAGUCCGAAACCUGACAUAGUUGAUGAUGCGCCAAAUUCGGCGGUAGAGAAAGUAGAUGAAGAGAAGGCUGAUAAGCUUCCUGUUGCUGAAGAAAAAACUGACAAUUCUGUACCAUCAGAACCUGUUGCAGUUGCAGACGGUGUGGAAGAGGAGAAGGAUCUAGUUCCGGAAUCACAUCCUAUCAGUCUUUCAGAACCAGUGCUUGACACAGCAGUAAGCCAGCAAGACGAGCCACCAUUGACUGAACCAGAUGUGAAGGAAACACUACAAACUAUUGAAAAGGAACCUGUAGAAACUGCCAAAGAGAGCCAAUCCAAAACAGAAGAUGUUCCAGAAGCUGAAAUCAUCGAAAAAUCAGUCGACACCACUGAAAGUUCAAGUGAUGCGACUGAGACUAAUCACUAUGAAGUUGAUGAGGUGAAACAGGCUGAAAUUUCAGAAACAAGUGUCGAAAAGGUGUUCGAGCCUGUAGCCAUAGAAGAGAGGGAAGUAACCCAAGAACCAGAAAAAGAAUCGCAAGAAAAAUCAGAAGAGGCAGAGGAACCAAGCACAGUUGCAAUUAUUGAACCCUCUGGUGAAGCCAAUGAGGAAAAGACAUCGACAGAGAUAGCGGAAGAGACCAACAACAACAAAGUAGAGCCUACAGAAAAAGUAAAAGCAGAAUCUGUGGUUACUGAAGUUGAGCCUACGGAAACAAAAAAAGAACUUGCGGUUGCUGAAGUAGAGCCCACAGGUACAGUAAAAGACGAGCCUGUGGUUACUGAAGUUGAGGAAAAUCAAAAAGAACCAGAACAGCAAUCAACAGAACCUAAGGAAGAGGAGCAAUCAAACACGGCUUCAAUUCCUGAAAAAUCUGCAGAAACUAAUGAUGUCGUUGUUGUAGAAGAAAAAACAAGAGAAUUAGAGUUUGAAGCAGCGAUAUUGAAAGAUACAAACAACGACAUUGCAGGGCCCACGGAAACAGAGAAAGCAGAGCCUGUGGUUACUCAAGUUGAGCCUACAGAAACAGUAAAAGAAGAACUCGUGGUUGCUGAAGUUGAGCCCACAGAAGCAGUAAAAGAAGAGCCCGCGGUUACUGAAAUUGAGGAAAAUCAGAAAGAACCAGUACAACAAUCAACAGAACCAAAGGGAGAGGUGCAACCAAACACAUCUUCAAUCCCUGAACAGUCUACGGAAACUAAUAGUGCCAUUGAUGUAGAAGAAAAAACAAGAGAAUUAGAGUUUGAGGCCGCGAUACUGAAAGCGACAAACAACGACAAUGCAGGGCCUACAGAAACAGAAAUUCAAUCACCCGAGAAAGAGGAAGAAGAGAAGCCAAAGGAAGCAUCUGAAAGUCAAGAACCAAUAGGUGAUACAGUGGAGGUUCACCCUCCUAAAGACUCGGAUAUUGAGGGAGUGAAAGAGGCUGGCAACUCGGAAUCAGAAGCAAUUCCUGUAAAAGAAGAGAACAUAGACCCUCUGUCUAAUGGAGUGGAGGAAAAGCCAAGAGAACAAUUACAAAUAGGCGAGGAAGUUGUGGGGCCUGAGAAAGACACAGAAAAAAGUGAAGAAUCUAUAGACGGCACAAUCAAAAACUCCACUGUCAAAGAAGGGGAAAGUAAAACUAACACCACGGUGAAUACUGAACAUGUUUCACUAAAUGACUCUGCAAAUCCGGUGGAACCUUCUCCUGAAGUUGAAGAAAAGAUUGUUGUAGAAGAUGUCAAGAAAGAAGUGGUCGGUGUUACGGAGAACGCUACCAGUAUCGAGGAAAAGGUUGAUGUUGCUGCAGAAAAUGUAAAGAAGGAACUAGAAGCACCUGAUACUGUCCAAGUAUCCUCAAGAGAGGCGGAGAUCGAGAUCAAGAAGGCUGCCGAACAGAAUGAGGCAAAGACAGCUACACCUGAAGCAGUGGAAGCUAACACAAAGGUGGAUGAAAUCUCUAAAGCAGUAAGUGAAUCUGUUAGAGAAACACUGGCGUCUAAAUUCGAAGAAAAAGAUGAGGAGGAAAAAACUAUUCAAACAGGAGAGAAUAAUUCGGAGAAAGAACAAAUCGAAGAGCCAGUGAAAACUGAGGUUGAAGCCGCUAAGGAAAAUGAUACAGCGACAGUAUCCAAGGACCUUCCAAAAGAAACUCCAGCCAAGCCAGCACAGAAGCAAUCAAAUAAUCUUAUAUCAAAGGUAAAACAGUCACUUGUGAAAGCGAAGAAAGCUAUCACUGGUAAAUCUCCAUCCUCCAAAAACCUGUCCUCGGAUCAAAAGGGGGACAUUAAAGUCAAAUAA